AUGCGAGCCUGGCCGAGAUAUACACUGUACCUUGGGGUUGAUGUUUUGUUUUGUUUUUUUUUUGGUCAGAUGCUGGCAUGGUCAUACGCUCAGGUGAUUGUGCUGGCAGUCUGCCAUUUGACGUCGGUGGGUAUGUGGAAUGGGCUGAACGCCCUGGGCUCUCUGGGUACGGAUGACGAGCAUUUGGCGCACUACUGUAAUUCAACAAUGUACCUGGCAGGGAUUGUAGGAGGACUGAUCGGAGGAGGGAUAGUGAAUGUGUGCGGGAUUAAAGCAUCGGCCUUAGUAGGAUUAGCAGGUCAGUCCACAACUAUCAUGGCCUAUUUCUGUUACUAUUAUCUGCAUGUGGUUCCACUACCGAUAGUUGUCAUUUAUAAUGGAUUAUCAAGUGUGGCCAUAUCGUGUUUUACGAGUGCAAUUGGGACCGCUUUAAUUCACUAUCCAACUGCCUCUGAACGAGGAAAAUUCAUUGCGGUAUCUGGAGCAAUUCUUAACCUGGGAGGGCUGGUGGGAGGCUUGAUAGCCAUGUACAUGAACUUCCAGUCUACCGUUACUGUAGCUCUGUCACCGGAAUCGUACUUGGCCGUAAUCGCAGUCACCGUGGCUGGAGUACUUGUUGCUGCCCUUUUGCUAAAAGAAAGGGUUUACCGAACGGACGAGACAACUCCGGAGUUGGAUCACGCGGAUCUCAAACGAGAAAUCGUUUCGCUGCCCGCUGAGUUCCUGUACCUGUUGAUGCCGCUAUUUUUGAUCAAUGUGUGGCAUGAGGUGGUCCUGUUCAACUACUUUAACGGCCAACUGUUUAACAUUCGGAGUCGAGCGGUUAACUCUUGUUGGUACUAUGUGGCGCGCAUUGGAGGUUCCUUUCUUUUUCAGUUGGUCUCCAGUAGUGCUGGCGGUAAGCGAUCUCUCCAGACUCGCGUGUACAGGUCCGUGGGAGCUUUGACGAUGCUGCUGUGCCUGGGUUGUGGAACAGCAAUAAGGGCCCUGUCGGGCCCGCCACUGGGCACUCUCUUACUAGAUUUCACUGAUCAAGAAGGGCGCUGGAUGGCCCUGUGUUUCCUUGCAUAUGGUGCCCUUGAAACCAUGAGUGCGAAUAUUACAUUUUGGCUUCUGGCUGAAUUGGCUGUGGGAUCUGCACAAUCUCGCAACCGACUGGUUGGUCUCAGUAGAGCACUCAUCAACCUGGGAGGCUGUAUUAGCUGGGGUCUUGACAUCCUACACAUCCCCCCUUCUGUACAAUGGGCACUGAAUCUGACUCUCUGGAUCGCCACCUUUGCUGGAAUUGUUGCCGCAACCAGACGCAGUAACUAUACUGCAGACCACCACCCCGUUUCGGACCACCACCCCGUUUCGGACCACCACCCCGUUUCGGACCACCACCAACCCACCGUUGACAAAUGCGCUUACUCUACUUUAAAUUCCACCAAUACCACCAUAGAAAUUAAUCAGUACCGACCCAACGCAGCGGAUUCCACCGAAGUCUCACCACAAGAGAAGACACCCGGGAACGCAAUUACUGGGGCAAGAUCUGUGUGUAACGACACGAUACUUGUGUGA